AUGAUGUCACCAGCUGGCGAAAACACCGCUCCUCCCCCUUUUUCUCUCCCGGCUGCAGGUCACUUACCAGCGAGCUUAAAAAGACAAUAACGUAAAAACUAACCGUACAGCAGAAAGGUACACCCCUAUUGUGAAAACAUAAAACACCAUAAUCGAGCAAUACUGUACUGUACAGAUUCAGAAUUACACGGCAAAACACGAUCCUGUGGUAACGGCGAUGUACGCAUGCGCGACAUAGACCGGGACGGCGUUUGUAAUCCUGUGAUUCCCGAUGCCUCCCUCUCCCCUGGACGAGCGCAUCGUGGUUCUGCAGAGACCCAAGACCCUGACCCUGCGCCUUCCCCACCCCUCGUUCCCCAGCGCAGCCUCCUCCGCUCCCCCGCCAGCCCCAGAGAAACACUGCUGCUCCCCUGAGCUGGAGAGGCUCUUGCCCGGCCAGGCUGUCCCGGUGACCCCGGGCAGGGCAGGGGGAAGAGGGGAGUGGGCUGGAGGAGGAGGAGGAGCGUUGAAAGAACAGGGCAGCAACGGGAGCCUCUCGUCGGGGUACAGACACACCCACACCAUCGAUAUCAAACUCUCCCUGGGACCGGGAUCAAGAGCGGGAAGCAGCGGAGCGGGGGGGCUAUCGAAGGGGCCCGGCAGGGCUCGGCGCCGGCUGUCCCUGCAUCUGGAUCUGAACCAGCAGCCGGAGAAACCGAUCGAGGGGGGGAAGUCCCAAACUAGCCGUCCCAAAGCUCCCCCGACGACGUCCGGCCACUGCAGGGACCGGAAAGAGGCUUCGUCCAGCAAGGAGAACUCCAGACCCUCUCGGGCAGACCCGCGCACCCAGAACCGCUCGUCCAGGCCCAGGGACCGGCACCCAGCCCCGGCGCGAGCCUCCCCCAGCCAAGACCCCUCCUCCUCCUCCUCCCGCACGCUGGAGCUCAUGCACCCCCUAAAGUGCGGCUGCAGGGGCUGCUGGCGACUCAUCAGUUGUGGGGAGGAUGGGGGUGGGGGUGGGGGGUCCAGCCCCACCUCCUCCUUCUCUUGCCGGCCGGGGUGGGGGGGCAGGCGGAGCGGCGGGGGGGGGAGCGGGGUGGGGGCGGGGCUCAGGUUGCUGGGCAGCUGCCUGUCUGCCUCCGUCGCCUCGUCCUCCUCUUCCGUGUCCACGUCCCACUCCUGCCUCCUGAGGCCCCUGGACUGUGUCCCCUGCUCGGGCAGGGUCCUGGGGAGCCCUGCGGCCCUGGGGAAGAAGCUGGGGGGCUGCCUGCCCUGCGCCCCGCUCUCUUCCCGGCCCCCGGCCUCCUUCAGGGCCCUGCAGAGCUGCGUGGGCUGCAACCCUUCCAUCAAGUCGGUCGGUUCCUCCUGCAGCUUCUGCAGCUGCGACCCCAUCGUGACCUACGACCGCCAGCCCCGGGGGUCCUCCAAGGCCGGCUCCAGGGGGGCCCCGGACGACGACGACUACAGCGUGCGGACAAUCUGGCCGGAGGAACUGGCGAAAAAGAUGACCCGCUCCAAAGCGGCUCAGGAUCAGAACAGCAGCUCCAGCAACCCGCUGGUCCUGGACUGCAGGAAUCUGGCGGGUUAUACCAGGAGCCACCUGCAGGGGGCGGCCACGCAGUUCACCGACGCAGCCGGCAGACGGAGGCUCCAGCAGGGCAAGCUGGCCGUGCUGGAUUUCAUCUCCCCCUCCGGGGCGGCCAACCGCGAGGGCAGGGACUCGCUCAAGAGGCUGUGGACCAAGGAGCGGAUUGGCUAUGGCGAGAUGGCAGACUCCUCCCCCUCCCCCUCUCCCUCUCCCUCUCCCUCUCCCAGCAGCCCGCCCCUUUCUUCCGGUCCCGCCACACCCACCGCUGAGCUCAAGGACGCCCCCUACAGGCCCCCCGUGCCAACGCAGUCCCUGCACCUCAUGCUGAACUCUCUCAGUAAGGAGCAGGAGGAGCUCCCGUUCAGAGAAGGCUCGGUGUGGUCCUCGGACGGGGACGCCCCCUUGCCUCUGACCCCCGACAUCGAGAACGCCGCCCUGAGCCCCAUCCUGCCCUUCCUGUUCUUGGGGAACGAGCGGGACGCCCGGGAUCUGGAGCGAAUGCUGCGGCUGGGGAUCGGGUUCGUGGUGAACGUCACCACCCACCUCCCCCUGUACCACCUGGACUCCGGGCUGCUGCGCUACAAGAGACUGCCGGCCACUGACAGCAGCAAGCAGAACCUGCAGCAGUACUUUGAGGAGGCCUUCGAGUUCAUCGAGGAAGCUCACCAGUGUGGCCGGGGGGUCCUGAUCCACUGCCAGGCGGGGGUCUCUCGAUCGGCCACCCUCGUCAUCGCGUACAUGAUGAAGCACACGCUUAUGACCAUGACCGACGCCUACAAGUACGUGAAGGGCAAGCGUCCCGUCAUCUCCCCCAACCUGAACUUCAUGGGACAGCUGCUGGAGUUUGAGAACGACCUCAACUCCGGGGUCACUCCACGGAUCCUCACCCCCAAACUGACGGGCCUGGAGACCGAGGUCUGAGGGUCGUCCCGCCCCCAAAACCACCUCCCGAAGCCCCUUAACCCCUAACCCCUGACCCCAGCUGUCUCUGUGUCUCAAUUUUGAAACGCUGUAGACCGUGAGCUAUGGAAAAAACAUGCAGUGGGGGAAAACUGGAAAAGAAAAAUGACCGUGCAAGAUUUUAUAAGGCUUUCCCCUGGAUUCAAUUCAAAUUAUGGCUGCGCUAUAAUUUUGGAAGCUUUUCUUUAUUAAAAAGUGCCAAAUGCAAACGCCGUGAGCGAUGGGGUGGCGAGCAAUCAUUCUCUCAAGCUGCGUAAAAUAAAAUGGGCUCCCGAGUGGCGCAUCCAGUAAAGGCGCUCCUCGCAGGAUGUGCUCUAUAGCCUGGAGAUCGCAGGUUCGAAUCCAGGCUAUGUCACAGCUGACCGUGACCGAGAGUUCCUAGGGGGCGGCGCACAAUUGGCUGAGCGCUGCCCGGGUAGGGAGGGCUUAGGUCGGCAGGGGAAUCCACGGCUCACCGCGCAUCAGCGACCCCUGUGGCUGAUAGGGCGCCUGUGGCUCUGCAGCGGAGCCGCCAGAUCUGUGUUGUCCUCCGGCACUAUAGGUCUGGUAGCAUUGCUGUGGAUCUGCAGUGCGAAAAAUGACGGCUUGGAAGGAGCACGUUUCGGAGGACGCGUGUUCCAGCCUCCGUUUCCCGAGUCGGCGCGGGGGUUGUGAGCGGUGAGCCGGGGAUACAGAUAAUAAUUGGGCAUGCUAAAUUGGGGUGAAAAACCGGGGUAAAAAUAAUUGGCGACGACUAAAAUUAAAAAAAAAAAAAAAAAAAAAUCUGCGCAGGCUGACCGCGGGAUCGUUUACUCGGAGCGGAGUCCCCGGAUUUUCCAAGGACUUGGUGUCGCUGCAGAACGAGGGGCUGAUCUCAGGGGCAGGCUGGGAAGAAUCCGGAACCUUGGGAAUACGUGCAAUACAGUUUUGUUUUGUUUUAUUUAAAAGAAAACUGAACUUUAAAAGACAAAUCAGGGUUUGUUUGUUUUUCGUCGCUCAAGAGUGCAAAAAAUACUGGAUUAUAUAUAAAGACAUUUAAAAAAAAAAAUGAACUGCAAUCGACCUUACAAAACUGACUAGCGUGGAAUAAAGUCAUGUCUGUAUUAGGAUGCCAUAAAAUACCAGUCUUUAUAUAUAUAUAUAUAUAUAUAUAUAUAUACACACACAUCCCUAAGUUGCAAUAUAUAUAUAUAUUUAUAUGAUAUAGGACUCGCCAUUUGCUUUACCAUGAAGAACAAGGACAUUUCAAUUUUGACAUUUUUCUCAGAUGGAUUUAUUUAUUUAUUUAUUGAUUAUAUUAUUUGUUUUCUACUGUUGUUGAUGAUGAAGAUGAUAAAGAUGAUGAUGUAUUUUCUCUGCUCAGGCCCUCACAGCAGCUCACAGUCUUGCAGCUUUUCCACAGAAUUUGCCCAAAACAGGAUUUCACAGAUUUCUUUAGCCAGAGGAGCUGAAACCACUGGAAAUGAAUUAUUAUGUGUUUAUUUAGCAGACGCCUUUAUCCAAGGCGACUUACAGAGACUAGGGUGUGUGAACUAUGCAUCAGCUGCAGAGUCACUUACAACUACGUCUCACCCGAAAGACGGAGCACAAGGAGGUUAAGUGACUUGCUCAGGGUCACACAGUGAGUCAGUGGCUGAUGUGGGAUUUGAACCGGGGACCUCCUGGUUACAAGCCCUUUUCUUUAACCACUGGACCAUACAGCCUCCUUCUAGAUAGAAAUAACUAGGAUCAUUUGAGACGGAUUUACAUUAUAUAUGUGUACAGCAGUGUGUACACGUGUUAGAACAGCCCGUUGCUUCUGUAGUUUUGAUUUCUUAUAUAGAAGAAAUCAAACCGCUGGGACUGAAAAUCUUCGAAUACUUUUGACAUAGGCAAAUUAGCCACUGUCUGAUUUAAUUGAUGACUUUAAUAGACCACACGUGCAAUUCAUUUAAAACAGGCAGAGAGAAAGAACGCGCAGCCGCACACGGUAAAAACGCAGGAGGCUUUUCAGAAGCUGUUUUAAGAUGUCUAAUUUAAAAGCACGAAGCGGUCCGACGCAUUUUCACACAGGAGCGGCUGCAAAAUUAGCGUGCUGGUUUUAAAAUUUUAGCAGGCGCAUUCCCGUCCUAUUAUGAACGCUGUAUAAACACCAUUACCAGUUUCUACCUCUAGGGGGCACGCUUCGUUUUACUUCUUCUCGACGCUCAGCUGAUGAAGCGUCCCGCAGCUUUCCUAAGCGGACAGGGCUUCAAAUUGCCCCCCCCCCCCCCCCCC